AUGGAUUGCGUCAACGGGGUGCUCUGGGAAACAAAGGUUUUGCAAUCUAAAGCCACAGAAGACUUCUUCAGAAAUAGUGUUCAUUCACCUCUGUUCACACUUCAGUUGCCACACAGCUUGCACCAAACAUUGCAAUCAUCAGCAGCAUCGUUAGUUAUUCCUGCUGGUAGAACUCGUCCCAGUUUUACCACAGCAGAACUGGGCACCUCAAACUCCAGUGCAAGCUUUACUUUUCCUGGUUAUCCUAUUCAUGUACCAGUGGGUGUGACACAGCAGACUGCCUCUGCUCACCUUUAUAAAGUCAGUGUACCAUUUAUGGUGACACAGACUUCUGAAAGAGCAAGUAUUCUUCAGCCUCCAGUUCAGCAAGUGUUUCAGCUGCUUGGGCAGCCGUCAAUAAUACAGACCAGUAUUCCGCAAUUAAACCCAUGUUUUCUUCAAGCAACUACUGAAAAAUCACUGAGAAUGGAAACUAUGCUCCAGCAACCUAUAGUUCUUCCUUCUGAGACAGUGGAUAGGAAACAUGUAGAAAACACUGGAAAUGAGCAUAAAAUCAUAUCUGAAGCCUUAUUGAAUCAGCUGGUAAGCUCUCAGUACAUCAGCUUUCCAAGUGUUGUAUUUACUCCACAAGCCUCUCAAGCAGGUUCCAAUGUGGAGCCAGUGCUCCGGGUUUCAGCUCGCAUGACUCAAAAUCUGCAUGGGCCCCUUUCCACUAGCCCUCAGGGAGCUCAGCAGCAGCAUGUGCCUGAGGCUCAGCCUCGUGUUCUUAAAAACAAGAUGUGUGGAUGUGAUUCUGUAAAGCAGCCAAGAAAUACAGAGGAACCCAGCAGCCUACCUGUCUCAGAGAAGGAUUCCAGUUCUCAGAUGGAUUUGAGCAUUCAGGUAACUGAUGGUGACAUUAAUGAGAUAAUUCAAAUAGGUGGAACUGGAGAUACAUCUUCCAAUGAUGAAAUAGGAAAUACAAGAGAUGUAGAUGAGAAUGGAUUGCUAGGGAUUAUUGGUGCGGGAGACCUGAAGGUACCUGAAGAAGAAACUGGCAGUGUAUCAAAUGAAGAUUCAAGUGUGGACAGUAGUGAUAAUGAAGACCCUGAGAUAGACCUUGUGGAAGAAGACCCUUUAAAUUCUGGAGAUGAUGUUAGUGAGCAAGAUGUGCCAGACCUGUUUGAUAUGGAUAAUGUAAUUGUCUGUCAGUAUGAUAAGAUUCAUCGAAGCAAGGACAAAUGGAAAUUCUAUCUGAAAGAUGGUGUUAUGUGUUUUGGAGGGAGAGACUAUGUAUUUGCAAAAGCCAUUGGUGAUGCAGAGUGGUAAAACUUAUGAGCUCAGUACAUCAUAAACAUC